AUGGCCUCUCCUACUGUGGAACAAAAUAGAUUAUUAUCUGCUUUAGAAGAUGUGGCGAAUAUGAUUCAGAAGGCUCAAACAAAUAUUAAAAAGUGUCCGAAACAAAGGUUAACAGAAGGAUAUAUAAAAACAAGAUUAAAAACUAUCGAUGAGUACUGGGAGACAUUUAAAGAAACACAUAAAAACCUUUUGAAGUGUACGCCACGAGAACAAAGGGGAGUUUUACCUUACUUUCUAAAUGAAGAAUAUUACUCGUACGAAGAUUUGUAUAUUUGUUUGAAAGGUGAUUUAACAGAUUUACUAUCGAAUAUGGAUUCCAAACCGAAAAUUUUUGAAGAAUCUAAUUCGUCAAAUUUAUUACAAAAUGCGCAGUCAUCAUUUGCUAAAUUACCGAAGAUUCAGUUACCAACGUUUUCUGGUAAAUAUGAAGACUGGCCCACAUAUCAAGACUUGUUUUUGGCGCUUGUACAUAACACAACAACUAAUGAUGUGCAAAAGCUUCACUACUUAAAAACUAGUGUGACUGGAGAAGCAGAGAUGUUAUUACGACACAUUAAAAUUACACAAGACAAUUAUAAAGGUGCAUGGGAAUUACUUAAAACGCGCUUCGGAAAUAAGAAAAUGAUUGUUUUUUCAAUUUUAAAAAGAUUAUUUGGCCAGAAGAAAGUUUCGCAUCAGUUAGCUUAUCAAAUUAAGAAUCUUCUAGAUACAACUACGGAAUGUAUAAGUAGUUUGAAAAAUUUAAAUAUUUGUACAGAUACAUGGGAUCCUAUUUUGAUAUUUAUAGUGGGACAGAAAUUGGACUUAGAGUCAUUAAAAGAAUGGGAAGAAUAUUCGUAUAAGAAGAACAGUGAUGAAAUGCCUUCGUGGGAGGAUUUUAAGAAUUUUCUCGAGUCUAAAUUUCGUACACUCGAACUAAUCGCUCCGAUUUCAACGGUAAGGGACAAACCACAAACUUCAAAGUCAUUUCAUGUCACAAACAGAGAUCAUGAAAUUCAUCAAACCCAGCACCCUAAUACUCAUAUACAACCUUCAUGUUCCUAUUGCAAAGGGGGUCAUUACAUUUAUAGUUGCAAAGAUUUUGCGAAGCAACCAAUUGAACAACGAUUCGAAAUUGUAAAGAAGAAUCAUCUUUGUUUUAACUGUCUUAUACCAAAUCACAACGUAUACAAUUGUAAACAUAAAACGACAUGCCGAAUCUGCAGAAGAAAACAUCACUCCUUAUUACAUCGAGUAAAAGAGACAAGUGAAGAACAAGGUACUCAACCAGAACAGAUAAUCACAACCGCUCACUUCUCUAAACAACAACCUGGUCAUGAGGUGUUAUUGGCAACAGCACAAGUGGAAGUCAAGUCAAGAGAUGGUGAUACACACUUGCUUCGUGCUUUGAUUGACCAAGGCUCAGAAGCUUCAUUCGUAUCUGCGAGAGUCAUUGAACUACUAGGCCUGAAAAGGAUUAGUAUCAACGGUGAAGUUUCUGGAGUAGGAGAAGAAACCCGAAUACCUAUAAAACACUUAACUUACCUGUCAGUUGCAUCGCGAUUUAACAGCAGUGAAGUCAUAACAGUGAAGGCGUAUGUGCUGAAAGCCAUAUCGACGAGAUUACCUUCGAAGAACAUCUUGAUGAACUGGCAAGAGCUGCAAAAAAUAAAUUUGGCUGAUCCGAACUACUAUAAACCAGGAAGUAUAGACAUUUUACUGGGCGCUGAAGUCUUUAGUAAAAUUAUAGAAGAUGGUUUAAUUAAAAUGCCUGAUGGAAUAGUAGCUCAAAAAACGUGUUUAGGAUGGAUAUUAUCGGGACAAAGAGAAAAAGAGUUUAUGAAGAAUCAACACAAUGUAAUCACAUUACAUAUAAGAAGCAUGGUUACAGAAGAUAAUAAUAUAUUAAAGAAGUUCUGGGAAAUAGAUAAUGAAUUAUACAAGAAGAAGAAGAUACUUACAAAUGAGGAAGAGAAGUGUGAAGAGAUUUACAAAAAUACAACUAAAAGAGAUGAAUACGGAAGGUAUAUUGUACAUUUGCCACUGAAAAAAAGCAUAGAAGAUACAGUCCAGUUAUGUGGAGAUACAAAACAAGGAGCUAUAAAUAGAUUCAAACAAUUAGAAAGGAAAUUUCAAAGAAAUGAGAAAUUAAAAGAAGAAUACUUAAAGGUUAUUAGAGAAUAUAUAGGAAUGGGUCACAUGAUAAGAUCUGAAACAACAGACAAAAAUUUUAUAUACUUACCUCAUCACGCUGUAAUCCGCGAAGACAAAGACACUACUAAGGUUAGAGUAGUAUACGAUGCAUCAGCAAGUGGCUCUAAUGGGAAAUCCUUAAACGAUGCCAUGAUGGUAGGUCCUGUAUUACAACCUGAUCUUCGAAGUCUGAUAACCACUUGGCGUACAUACAAAAUUUGUGUAGUAGGAGAUAUAGUGAAGAUGUAUAGAAUGAUAAAUAUAACAGGAGUACAUACAAAUUUACAACGAAUCGUCUGGAGGGACAGCCCUGAUAAAGAUCUCGAAAGCUAUAAUCUAACAACUGUCACGUUUGGCACUGCAGCAGCUCCAUAUUUAGCUGUCCGAACGUUACAUCAACUAGCUGACGAUGAAGCCAAGGAAUAUUCACACUCUGCACCUGUAAUCAAAAGGUCUUUUUACAUGGAUGAUUUAAUGACGGGAAGUGAUAGUGAAGAAAAAACUAAGAAAAAAUGUGAAGAAAUUAGAAUGAUAUUACGGAAAGGAGGAUUUAUUAUGCAAAAGUGGUGUAGUAAUUCCGAGGAAGUUUUAAGAUAUUUACAAGGAGGAGAGAAAAAAAUAAAUGAUACAGUGGAGAUAAAACUAGAUAAAGUUAUUAAAAUUCUUGGAUUAACAUGGGAUAGGAAAGAAGAUAUAUUUAAAAUUACUGUGAACUUACCUGAGAUGAUACAUCCUGUGACGAAGAGAUCCAUUCUAUCAGAUGUCGCCAGAUUAUUUGAUCCGUUUGGAUGGUUAUCGCCAGUUGUCAUAACUGCUAAAAUUUGGAUUCAAAAACUGUGGCUCUGUAACUUGGGAUGGGAUGACGAGCUACCGUCACAUAUGUGUGAAGACUGGAUAAGAUAUAGAGAAGAGCUGACACAUUUGCAAAACAUACAGAUACCACGAUGGUUAAAAACAACUAAAAAUAAUUUUAAUACGGUAGAAUUGCAUGGUUUUGCAGAUGCAUCUACUCAAGCAUAUGCUGCUGUCACUUACCUUAAAAUUGUGGACGGUGAUGAAGUACAUACAAUGAUUCUCGCGUCUCGUACUAAGGUUGCGCCGUUAAAGCAGCUGUUAGUACCUAGACUAGAAUUGUGUGCUGCGGCUUUAUUGGCUGAACUCAUGUAUGAUCUUGCAGAGUUACUAAAAAUAAAUAAAGAUAACACAUUUGCCUGGACGGAUUCUAUGGUGGUACUAUCAUGGUUACAAGCUCAACCUAGUCGUUGGCGAACCUUUGUUGCUAACAGAGUAUCAGAUAUAUUAAGAGUGCUAGACAAUGAUCGUUGGAGACACAUUAAGUCUAUUGAUAAUCCAGCUGAUAUUGCAACUAGAGGUCUAAGAGCAUACGAGCUUGAGAAUUACAACAUUUGGUGGUCUGGACCGGAAUGGCUUAAGAAAAAUAAAAAAUUCAUGGAAAGGAGAGAUGACAUUCCACAGACGGAACUAGAAAUGAAAGGAUGCUUCCAUACAAAGAUAGAAGAUGAAGAAAAACCCAUCUGGGAACGAUUUUCGAGUUUGUCUAGGAUGAAAAGAGUAUUAGCUUAUUGUCGAAGAUUUUUAAGGAAAGGUAAGAUAGAAGAAAGACAAAGUUAUUUAACAGUAAAUGAAUUGGAAAGGGUAUUAGAAGACAGUAUAAGAUAUUACCAAAAUUUAAUUUAUGAAGAAGAAAUUGAUGACCUCAAAAGGAAAGGAAUAGUUAAAUCUAGAAGUUCCUUAAUCACACUUUCACCCUUUUUAGAUAAAAAGAGUUUGAUAAGAGUGGGAGGUCGAUUGCAAAAUGCUUCGAUGCCUGAAAUGUUUAAACAUCCUAUAAUAAUUCCAGCUAAUCAACACAUAACAAAACUUUUAAUUAUGGAAGCACAUAUUCGAACACUGCACGGCGGGAUUCAGCAAAUGAUGGCUUUUCUGAGAACAAAAUACUGGAUUAUCGGAUUAAAAUCAGCGGUAAGAAACUGUAUACGCAACUGCAAAGUUUGUAUUAUCGAUAAGGCCAAGGUGAAGCAUCAGUUAAUGGGUCAGUUACCACUCACCAGGGUCAAUGCAUACAGACCCUUUUUCAAUAGCGGAGUUGAUUACGCCGGCCCUGUAAUGCUAAGAACAUCGAAAGGUCGUGGACACCAUGCUACCAAGGGUUAUAUUUGCCUAUUUGUGUGUAUGUCUACUCGUGCCAUUCACCUUGAGGCAGUUACAGAUUUGACUUCACAGGCCUUUAUAGCGGCAUUUCGAAGAUUUGUGGCUCGCAGAGGGCGUUGCGCACAUUUAAUGAGCGAUAAUGGGACGAACUUUGUUGGUGCUGCCAAAGAGUUAAAGGAAUUAUUUACAAAGACUAUGAAUAACGUGACAAAGGAAGUGGCAGAGCUAUUAGCGAAUGAUGGCACAACAUGGCACUUCAUACCACCAAGAAUGCCUUCGUAUGGAGGCUUAUGGGAGGCUGGUAUUCAAUCGGCUAAAAGACACCUUACAAGAAUUAAUAGGGAUACCAAACUGACUUAUGAAGAAAUGGCCACACUUCUAGCUCAAGUCGAAGCUUGCCUUAAUUCGCGUCCACUCUGUCAGAUAGACAAAAGCACAGAUACAAUUUUGACACCAGGACAUUUCUUGGUAGGCGAGCCGUUAAUAAGUGUUCCUGAUACAAAUUACGAAGAAAGGAAUAUUAGUUUGAUGAGUAGGUGGCAUCUAAUACAAAAAAUGACAAAGGAUUUUUGGCAGCGAUGGAAAACUGAAUAUUUAAAUACACUACAACAAAGAUAUAAAUGGCAAACUAAGGUUCCAUCGCCUGCGGUUGGUGAUCUUGUCAUAGUUAAAGAUGAAAACACACCUCCAACCAAAUGGUUAUUGGCCAAGGUCAAGCAUUUACACCCUGGAGCAGAUGAUUUAGUGAGAGUAUUAACAGUGCAGACACCGGGCAACCAUGAACUUAAGAGACCAUUAUCGAAGUUAAUAUUAUUACCCAAAGACAAAGAUUACAAUUAA